AUGGUUUUAAUUGGAUCAUUUGGUCAGAAAAUACUGAUUGCGUUAUCUUGUGCUCUUGCUUGCAAUGCAGCUCCUGUUGAGAAAAGAUCAGACAAAGUGGUUCAAUUCGGUUUCAGUGUGAGACGUGACGAAGGGGGCUAUGAGUUUGAUAGACGUGAUUAUUUUUCAUCCGACUUGAAGAAUGAGAGGUCUUACUAUGGUAUUGAGAUUGAGGUUGGAUCAAAUAAAGAAAAGAGCAAUUUGUUGUUUGAUACUGGAUCUAGUGACACCUGGGUUGUUGACGCAAAUGCCGUUUGUGUUGGUGUCAAAUGUAAAGACCAUGGGGUUUACUCUGUUGAAAACUCCACCACUGGUAAGCAAUUGCAUAAAGAUUUCCGCAUUCACUAUGGUGACGAUACCUCGGCCAAUGGAACUUAUGUCACAGAUACUAUUCGACUCGGUAAUAUCACCGUGAAAAACCUGGAGUUUGCUGUUGCCAAUUCAACUUCUUCGGAGUUUGGAGUGUUGGGAAUUGGAUUCACAACGCUUGAGCAAACUCACGACAACUCAACUUAUGAUAACUUGCCAAUUACGUUAAAGAAGGAAGGAUAUAUCAACAAGGUAGCUUAUUCAUUGUAUUUGAAUUCGCCAACCAGUAAAGAAGGCUCAAUUUUGUUUGGUGGAGUCGAUAACGCAAAGUACCAUGGUGAGUUGGUUGACGUUCCAAUUGUUUCAAACACGGACUUGGAAGUUGAAUUGGACUCGAUCACAAUCGAGGGUAAAAAGUAUUUCAACCAAUCCAAGAUACUUCUUGAUGUUGGCCUGACUUGGUCUUAUUUGCCCACCAAAUUGUUCAAAGCUAUAGCCAAGAAAACCCAUGCGAAAUAUGAUCACAUUUUGGAUGCCUACGUGUCCAACUGCCACCACAAAGGUAAUGUGACUUUCAACUUUGCCAAUAAUGCUGCGGUCGAAGCACCACUUUCAAGCUUCUUUGUCACUGUUGCCACGUACAAUAGCUACAAGAGAUCAGAAGAUAAUCGUUGUGUCUUGGGAAUCUUCGGUGAUGACGAGUUUUUCUCCUUUGGUGACAACUUCUUGAGAAAUGCUUACGUAAAGUAUGACUUAGAGGAUAAAACUAUUGGCUUGGCCACUGUCAGAUACACCAAUGAAACCUCAAUUGAGGCAUUGUAA